AUGGAGAACUCAGUGACCCAAGAUUGUAUCGCCACCAUUGAUUCUUCCUCGGUUCAACCUCACAUCGUCGUUCAAGUCGUGGAUCUUAAACCUGUUGGAAGUCGAUAUACGUUUAAUGCUAAUGAUGGAAAGAUGAAGAUUAAAGCAAUGUUACCUGCAACUUUAACAUUUGAGAUCAUCUCUGGAAAAAUCCAGAAUCUUGGUCUCAUUCGUCUCCUUGAUUAUACAGCCAACGAUAUUCCUGGCAAAUCUGGAGAAAAAUAUUUGCUUAUAACCAAAUGCGAGGCUGUUUCUCCUGCACUUGACUCAGAGAUUAAAUCUGAGACUAAAGCUUCUACAGGUAUUAUGUUGAAACCAAAGCAGGAGUUCUUUGCCAAAUCAGCUUCUCAGAUAGUCAAUGAACAGAGAGGAAAUGCUGCACCAGCUGCAAGAAUGGCUAUGACCAGGAGAGUGCAUCCGCUUGUGUCCUUGAACCCUUACCAUGGAAGUUGGACCAUUAGAGUCCGUGUUACAAACAAAGGUGUCAUGAGAACUUACAAAAAUGCUAGGGGAGAAGGAUGUGUCUUCAAUGUGGAACUAACUGAUGAGGAAGGAACACAGAUUCAGGCAACGAUGUUUAACGCUGCUGCAAAGAAGUUUUAUGACACAUUCCAGAAGGGAAAGGUCUAUUACAUAUCGAGGGGAACGCUUAAGCUUGCUAACAAGCAAUUCAAGACAGUUCAGAACGAUUAUGAGAUGACUCUGAAUGAGUAUUCAGAGGUUGAAGAGGCUGUGAGUGAAGAAAUGUUUAUCCCUGAAACAAAAUUCAACUUUGUACCCAUUGAUGAGUUGGGUACAUACGUAAACCAGAGGGAGCUAAUUGAUGUUAUUGGGGUUGUCCAAAGUGUUUCUCCUACGAUGAGCAUUAGAAGAAAGAGUGACGGUGAGAUGAUCCCAAAGAGGGAUAUAACUUUAGCUGAUGAGACAAAGAAAACUGUUGUGGUGUCUCUUUGGAACGAUCUAGCAACUGACUUAGGACAAGAACUUCUAGACAUGGCUGAUAAGUACCCUGUUAUUGCGAUCAAGUCUCUCAAAGUUGGAGAUUUUCAAGGUGUUUCAUUGUCCACUAUCGGCAAAAGCGACGUGGUGGUAAAUCCUGAUAUACCAGAAGCUGCAAAGUUGAAAUCUUGGUAUGAUUCUGAAGGUAAAGAGACGUCUAUGUCUGCUAUUGGCUCUGGGAUGAGCCCUUCUGCCAAUAAUGGAUCAAGAUCCAUGUAUUCCGACAGAGUUUGUCUUUCUCACUUCACGACCAACCCCUCUUUAGGCGAGGACAAGCUGUAUUUUUCAGCACUAGAGCUUGCAUAA